CAUCGAUCUGUCAUAUGAUUGUUUACGUUUUCCAAACAGAUCGUAAUUUCGCAACUAAUCGGUUUAGUGUUUAUAUUUUAGUUUAAAAUGACGGGAUCAAUCAUCCUAGCCGGUUUAGGACUGGCAGCGCUUGGAUUUGGCGGUAGGGCACUGCUAAGACAGAUGCCAAAUGCCGCUAGCAAGAUGCAGGAAGCGCUCCAGAGCCUGCCCAAAUUCGAUGCGGAAUCGAUGGCCAACUCCAAGUACUAUCGCGGCGGGUUCGAUCCGAAGAUGAACAAACGGGAGGCGGCUCUCAUUCUGGGAGUCAGCCCGUCGGCAUCAAAGAUUAAGAUCAAAGAUGCACACAAAAGAAUUAUGCUCCUGAACCAUCCCGACAGAGGAGGAUCCCCCUAUCUGGCCGCCAAGAUCAACGAAGCUAAAGAUUUCAUGGACAACGCCAAAUAAACAGUGAUUUGAUGGUUUCCAGUGUACAUAUUUAUGAUUCAUUUUUGUUAUAGAAAAUGUCAAAUAUUAUAGGUUGCAUUCUAAUAAAUUGUGAAAAUGACUUAUAAAUCA